CCGGAGCUCCGGCCCGGGGCGCCGCAGGCGCGCGCGUGUCUGGUGUCCGCGUGCCUGUGCGUAAGUGCGUGCGUGUAUGUGUGUGUGUGUGUUGAAUUGGAGUCAUCCGACUGGGUGUUCCCUUCCGAGUGGUGGUUGGAUCAGCAAUCCAUUAGGGGAUCAUGGAAACUUUUUUUCUGGCUAAAAGGAUGAAAACUGAAGCCGUGAAUGCUUACAGGAAAGUGGGAAUUUAAAACUGAAUGAAGGGCAGCUUACAAAAGGCUGAAAGCGGGACUGCUUUAAAACCAGAGGAAAAAUGAGGAACUGCUAAGGCAACCUGGCCUGCCUCCAGCUGUGCAACAGGCACUGUGGGUUUUAACCUAUUGCAUUCUUCAAGGCUGUUUUCAGACUCCAGAUUUACUUUGGUGGAGUUCUCUCUACUCCUGUGAAGCUGAGGCAGAGUCGGAUUCCUUUGCUGGGAGUUUAAGGAUGUUGUGAAAACACGGCAUUGCCGGAAGCAACGGUUUGGCAGCAACGCGCAGGUUAUUUGUUACAUCUAUUAUUAUUUUGAUGUCUUUUUUUAUCCCUGGUCAGCCACUUUUCACUGUCAUCCAUGAAAGGGCUCUCCUGAACCGCCGCAGACUUUUGGGACCUAUGAUUCUUGGCUUGAUCCUUCGGAAAGUUCUUAAGCAGGGAUGGAGCAAACCUGAUUGGAGCUGUGGAAGAACAGGACGGAUUUGUAUUUUUCAUGCUGACAAAAAGUAACUGCUAUGACUUUUCCCGCAACGUGGACAGGGGCCAAGUGAAGCUGAACUGGUCAUGCUCUGUCGCCCAGUGUUCCCUUGUCGCCGGCGAUUUUGCCCCCGGCCCUUUUUGGUGGGUUCCGUUGUGGCGAUCUGUCUCUUCUACCAGACUCUGACCCUCCGAGGGACAAGGAAGCUCACAGGCGCUGUCCCUGGCACUGCCCCACACACAUCCACGGACAUCCAGGCAAGCAGAUGCAAGCAAGAAUUCUCCAAGGACAAACCGUGCUUCCUUCUACCUGGUAAUGCGCAGGAAAUCAGAAAGAUCCAAGAAGCAAUGGAGACACACUUUGGCGGGGACGGCCGAAGAGCUGUACUCUACAGGCCUUCGAACAACAAAACAGACCUUCAGCUCUACCAGCGCAUUCUCAGGGGACAUGGCUAUAUGGUUGUCAUUGCUGAAGAAAGGCUGGAUGCUGGAGUUGGGCUGGGGCUGCUUGAACAAGGUGCUUUGGGCCCUUGGGAUCUGCUCAUUUGCCUGUCUUCUUGGAAAGCUGAUGGGAAACCCUGCCUGUCCAAGGAGCACGUGUGCCAGCUACGUUCACAUCAAAGGGUAAACAUAUUACCAGAAAUACAGCAUCAGCUUUGCAGAAAGGAAGGAUUAUGUGAAAUAAUUAGAAGAUUUCCAGAAUUGCAACUUCCUGUGAGUCCCUCUGUAUGUCUGAAACAGGGAAUACAGUUAAAGCCGAGUACUUCAGGUCACCUUUUAAAAACGGUGAAGCCACAUAUCUGGAAACCAGGGAACUGGAGACGUGAACAGCUGAAUCAAACAACAGUCCUAGCUCUACAUGAAACAAUCUUUAGAGCUGAAGAUCUAUCUGUGAUUCUUAAAGCAUAUGUGCUGGUGACAUCUUUAACCCCUUUGCGUGCGUUUAUUCAUUCAACUGGCACGGUUUGGAACCUACCAAAGAAAAAACGCUUCACUGUCAAGCUGCAAACAUUUUUUGAGACAUUCCUGAGGGCCAGUUCAUCUCUUCAGGCUUUUGAUAAUAUGAAAGAAGCAAUUAGCAAACUCCUGCUAGCCUCAGAAGUGUUCAGUGAAACAGCUACUCUGGGACCAAAGACCGUCAAUAGAUGCAGAUUAUGUUUUCAGCUUUUAACUUUUGACAUUGGUUAUGGCAGUUUCACGUACCCUGUAGUGCUUCAGGUACAUGAGCAUUUACAUUUUCAAGAUAAUGAUAAUAUGGAGCUUGAGGACCAGAAUAUAGAAGAAUUCCUUUUAAAAGAUACUUUCAAUUUUCUUUUCUCUAAUGAAUCAUCACUUUCUGUGUUUUCCGAGAUAUUUCAGAGACUUUUUAGAUCAGAUGCGUACAAGAGUGAAAAUGAUCAAAAGGAACUACAUCAAUGUCUAUCUUUAGAAGAAAUCAACUCAAUUAUCACUUUCAUAAAGGAACUUGGGAGUCUGGGACAAUUCCAACUGCUCUUCCCAUCUACUACACCUGGGAUUCAAACUUUGAUGCAUGAAUUUUAUGACAUGGAAAAUCCUAUGGGAAAACCUGGUUCAGUCCUGACCCAAUACUGGUCUCUUCUAAAUGUAUUUGAACAAUUUCAGCUCAUGAAUAAAAAGGCACAGCUGCAUCCAUUGGAAUGGAAUUCUUUCACAGAGGAUGAGAACAUUGAAAAACCACAAGUGCCAUUUGAUGCAAUAGAAAAUAAAAAAGCUGCAGUUCCACAAAUUCUAAAUGAAAAUAAAGAAAUACAUUGCAGUAAUGAUAAAAACAUACCAUGUCAUAUCAAGCAGAUGUUCACACAUCCACAUUUGGAACUAAAUCCUGAGUUUAAUUCACAGAUCAAAGAUUAUUAUGCUGAAGUCCCAUUUGAUAUGGUAACAGUGGCAAUCAGAGUGGAGACUUCUAAGUGUCAGUGCAAAGUGCACCUACAUGAGCAAGCGGGGCCAAGCUUUGCCAACUACCCUCUAGGCUUAGGAAUGAACAAAAUCUCAAUAUUUGUGGUAGAUGAAUCUCCAGCACAGAGUGAGACCCUGAUCACUUACAAACUCACCAUCUAUAGAGAAGACCGACCAAGUCUGCCCCUGUUUGAGGAAUUCACAGCAUGUGGUUUUGUGCAGGACUGUGGUUUACUGAUUCACCCGGAGGAAACCUGUGGGUUACAGCCUAUUUCUUCUGACUACAUUGAAACCAUUUCUCAGUCGGAGCUGAAGAGCUGCCCAUCUGGGGACGUGCAAGGCCAGUGGAUUGUGCCAUGCCUUAGUUGUUCAGACAACAGGACCUGUGACUGGAGAAAAAUAACUUGGCAGCCCCACAACUGCCAAUAUGGCGUCCUAACUAAGUCUCAACUGCAGCAGUGCUUUGGAGGAAGGAAGAUUCUCUUCAUUGGAGACUCAACCAACAGAGGGAUCAUGUACUAUCUGAUGGAAAGACUGAAUGCAACGUUGCAGGAAUGGCAGAAGGUGCAUGGCACGAAAUUCUACCACAACGUCAAUGGCGGGAAGACUGUGAUCAGCUACUCCUACUAUCCUCAGUUCUGGAUGAGCCCUUCCUUGAGACCAACAUUUGAAAAAGCACUUGAACAUCUCUUGCAAAGAUCACGUCCCCUAGAGAAUACCCUUCGGACUGUACUGGUUGUUGGUGGUGUUCAGUGGCUUAAUUCCAAUCACCUGCAAAUUAUUCACAAGGUUUUGAAGAGGGAAAAUUUACUCAAUAUCCUAGUGAUCAUCAAAACUUUGGGAAUUGGAUUUCAUCUGCCAGCGGAUGGAGUGCAUUUCUUAACACAGAGUGAAGUACGGAAUUUAUGGAAAGAAAAUUUGAUUAUUCUGGAUACCGCAAAAAAAUAUGGCUAUGAAGUAGUUGACACAUUUACCAUAACAAUGGGAAGAUACAAAGAAUUUCUGCAGGGGAAGUGCGCAUGUCAUUUUCAUGAGGUAGUGAAAUCAAAGUUAUCCAAAGAAUAUCACGUUAUUAAAAUGAAAAGAUCAAGGAAUCAUAUAGUGGGGAAAUACUUCAGUAAUCAAAGCAAGCGACAACAAGACUCUGUACCAAAUAUUGAAUCACCAUAUCAUGUCAGAGGUCCCAUAAAUCAGGUUUGUUCUGAAAUCCUUCUCAGCAGGAUGUGUGAGAGUAAAAGGAUUGAGUAGACUCUCUGCAGGAAAACUGAAUUUAGAGUCUGAGACAAGCCGCUCCCCCAGGCAGCGGUCUGGGAGCCAAACCCUGUGUACCACAUGCAUUUUGGAUGGAUCACACACACGCAUGCGCACUGACACACACGUGGGCACCAACAAUGCACACACAGCUAAAACAAAUUCACAAUAACACUUUUUCUUAUAGCUUUAUAAAGCCAAGUGUGAACUUGAACUCCACCUUGUUUCAGAGUGAAAGACAGACCUAGAAAAAGGUUACUUGAAGUAUAAUUAUAAACCAGAACCACUGUGGGCAAGAUAUGGCAUUGUGUUAAUAAAGAGAAAUAAAGACACUUGAAUUAUGUGAAAAACAGGAUAGUGCUCUUUAGUUUGUGUUACCAUCUCCAUAGAUACAUUAAUAUUGAAAGGGGGGGAAACAAUUACAUUCCACUUGCAAGCAGAGGUGGUGAUUUUUUUAUCAGGAGAAAAAGUGGCAUUUAUGAUGGCGUAGGCUUUGUGAAUCGAAUGCUUAUGAAAAACAUUUCCUCCUAUGCUUUUUAAAUUUUCUUACUGAAAGGAAAAGAGCAGGAAUGCUCCUCAAGAGAAUUUGAAGAGGUUCCAUGAAACAUAUAUAAACUAAAAUAUUUUUUAGUUAAAAUACCAAUGUAUUUAACUUUGUACUCAUGUUUUCCAUAAACAUUCCCUUCUGGUCCUAUCUGUGAUCUCGCAUGGGUAAGCGCAGUCUCAACUGAUGAAAUACAUAGUUUUAAAGUAAGAGACAAAAUGUAGUUACUUGUGUAUUACUUUAGUAUGUUUCAUUGAUGAUAUUUCUUAAGAAGGCUUUUCGUGCCAUUGUAGCCCUAUGUAACUUAAAAUUACAAUUACAUUUUAUGUAAAUAUUUUUCCAAGGAUUAUGAAUUUUCAAAUCGAUAGGCAUAUUUUUCCUAAAGCAUUUGUGUACAGCUACAAGGAGAAUUAUGUUACUGGUAUCAGUAUUUUGAUUUUCCAGAGCAACCGUAUCUAAUCCAAAUUUAGAGUAGGCAUAAAAUUAUUUUUUGAAUUAAAACUGUGGCAUACAUAUAAAACAUACCUAAUUCUAGUGUUUAGAACUUUCCCUUCUAUCUCUUAGGUUCAUAAUGAUAAAUGUCCUUAUUAUAAAAAUGCUUUGUUGUGAGAUGACAUCUCACAGUUACAAUGGCUUUUAAAGAAUUAUUUUUCUUUUUUAGAAAAAAAAAGACCCAAGAGGGUUCAUUCAAUACAUGGCUGAAAUUUCCAAAUGCACAAAUACCUCAAUUUCACUGCAAUAUAAAAAAAAAAAAUAUCUUGAUUGAUAAGUUUCUUAGUAUGAAUAUCCACCUCCUUUAAAUACUCUAUUUUUAUACAUAUUUUUAUAUGAAGAUAAACAGGAAUUUAUAUUUAACUAUCUUAAAUUAUAUUUACAUAAAUGCAAAUAUUACUUGAUAUAAACAAUCCAGACAUGCAUCUUACAGAUGAUAGAUUUUUAAAAGAAUGGUACAGAAUUCAUGUUAAAUGUGAAGGUCUUUCUAGUAGCUACACUUAAAUGCAAGCAUUGUUUUUAGGUUUUCAGUGAUUUUUUUUUUUAAGAAAUGAUAUAAAACACCGCCAAUUCAUGUAGCCUUUCCAUCAUUUUUUAACUUAUUAUAUCUCUGUAACAGUAUUAUAGUCACCGAGUAUUUCUUAUAAUUCCUUUCCCACCUAACUGUAAUAACCAUCUGACUGAGGCUAGCCUGGCAUUUACCUCUUCACCAUUGAAAUAAUAAUGGAUUUUAGAAACAAUUGUAAUGUCAUUAAUAAAGUCUUACUG